AUUGGUUCCUUCGCUAGAGAGGGGGUGGUUCUUACUAGUUCUCUCGCGCUUUCGCUUUUCCGAGUCCAGUGUGUUUCACCACUCGAGAAACCCGCGUGCCUUGCGUUCUAACGCGAAGUGAUAGAAGUUCAGACGAAAGCAUAAAUAUGUCUGCACCGAGGGCAGUCCUUGUGAACAAACAAUUCAACUCUCCUAUCAACUUGUAUUCACCCCAAGCGAUACAAGAAACUCUGGAUAGGCAAACUCAAGUUUUGUCCAAUGGCGCAGUUGGAAUUGAUUUCAAUCAACUCGCGAAACCGGCGAAUUUACAAAACAGUGCGGUUCUACGUAUGCUCGAAGAGGAGGAAGCGAGGCAGCGGAGUGGACAACCAACUCUCAAGCGUGUAGCUUGGCCUCCACCUCCAGAGGACGAAGACUACGAUUUCGUUGAACAAGGACCUGUACAAGUGAAGACCCGUGGAAUCGGUGAGUUCGCCUCGUACCAGAGCAGUCCCUCGUCAGGUUCGUCGCCUCAGCCACCGUCGACGAUCGCUCGCUCCUCUGCAGUACCGUCUUCACCCUCACCGGUUAGUCCUGGUGGAACGUUGCGACAUCCAUCACAAUUGCAUCAACCGGUGCCAAAGGGUUGGCGACCGGUGACACCCCCAGUAUCUACUCCAGUUUCGCCUCAACUGAUUCAGCCGGGCUGGUCUAAUCAGCAGCAGCAACAGCAACAGCAACAACAGAGUCAACGUCCUCAGCAGCACCCUCAAGAUCACUAUACGACACGAUUGCAACGAAGCCAGUCUCCUGCUACGUUUGAAGCUCCACCGUCCACGAUCACACUCCGCCCGGAACCUCCGAUCUCACAGGUGCCAGCACCGAUUUACCAAGCACAACCUGCUGCGACUAAGGCACCAGUAAGCGGAAACAUGAGAGGAGACCUAAAAUGGCCCCCGCCGUCGGUGAAAGCUCAAACGGAAGCCGAAAACAGAGCCAGGAUGGAAUUGGCGAGAGGCCCGGCUGUCAGACCCCGCAGAGUGCAUAAGGACUACAGCGGAUUUUUCGCCCAACACGCUUUGAACAGUACCUAUCCAGGAUAUCGGGCUCCGCCGGGAACUCAAUACUUCACCCCUUCUUACCAGCGUUAGCAAAUUCUGCACCAAAAUUCCUUCCUGUAAUUUCGUCCUGAGCUCAACGUUUCCAUUUCACAAUCGAAAUCCAAAAAUAACAACAAAAAUUUGUAAUGGAAAUCUCUUAGAACCGUCCUCGUUGGAUUUCGGAAUUUAUACAUCGAAACGAUGAAAGAGGAUCCGUACAAAUACAUAAUGUUUAGCUAUUGUAUAUAUUUCGACUGUUCGAAAAUUUAUUUCCUUUCUUUCACCCGAGGACUCAGGACUGUGCAUGCAUAAAAGUAUGCCUGUUUCUCUUUUCCAGUUCCUAGUCCAAAUCGGUACUUUCACGAGAUACGUCAUACGGUUUCAUUAUAAUUUUUGAUAGACUUCCUAUUCGGAUUUCGAAUUUCAACAUAAUUUGUACAGCGUGCUAUGAAUAAUAUAAAUAUCUCUCGUUUAGUUGACAUUGGCCGGUAUUCAGAGUCGUUGCUUAUUCUUAAGAUCACCGUAAGCAUUUGCUUAAGUCCCUGUUUCUUGUACAAAACAGGGAGUGGCAAAGAGAUAGGAAAUGCUUAAGACAAUCUUAAAUAUAAGAAACGACUCUGAAUACCAGCCAUUAACAGUUUGAUAGAUAAAACUACUUGAACUCGAUUGAAAUGUAAAUUGAUCUUAAUUAAAAUUCAAAUUCAAAUCA